GUAAUGUAUAAUUGCUGUAGGCUGAGUGAAGUUGCAUGCUCCAGGGAUGUGGAUGAGAGUGUGUCUGUGUGUGUGUGACGUGGAUUCAUCAUCUAUUCACCGCCUACACUCCCACACUCAACCUGUUCUUCUACCUGAAUUGUUUGUCAGCUGAUGUUCACAUGCUCUUAAAUUGUUUUCCUGAGUGUGCAGACUCACUCAUCAGCCGCUCUGUCUCCUUGCAACUUUUCCCUCUUGUCUUCAUCUUCUGUCAGGCUGAAGGAGGGGAGUAUGACGGCUGAUGUGGAGGCUGCUCUGCCUGCUGGACAGGGGGACUCGGCAAUCCUGUGUAGAGAUGUGUGCCGGUCGUAUGGCAAACUGAGGGUCCUCAGCAAUCUCAACCUAACUGUGCCACAAGGACAAAUUUAUGGUCUUUUGGGCCCUAGCGGAUGUGGGAAGACCACGCUGCUGAAAUGCAUCGUGGGAACUCUGAAAAUCUCACGUGGUCACAUCACUGUGUUGGGAAAGCCGCCGGCAUUUCCUGGUCAUGAAAUCCCUGGAAGGAUGGUUGGAUACAUGCCACAGGACCUGGCUCUGUACAAUGAGUUCACCAUCAGUGACACUCUGAUCUUCUUCGGUCGGAUACACGGGCUGUCAUGGAAGGAAACACAGGCGCGGAUGGACUUCCUUAUCGACUUCCUGGAUCUACCUCAGAAGCACAGUCUGGUCCGAAAUCUCAGCGGAGGUCAAAGGCGCAGGGUGUCGCUUGGAGCAGCCCUACUUCAAAACCCAGAGCUGCUCAUUCUGGAUGAACCAACAGUCGGAGUGGACCCUGUGCUCAGGGCUAAGAUCUGGCAGCAUCUGGUAGAGAUCGUGAAGACGGGGAAGGUCUCUGUCAUCAUCACCACUCAUUACAUAGAGGAGGCCAGACAAGCCAAUGUGGUCGGUCUCAUGAGAAAUGGCCAUUUACUUGCUGAAGCUCCUCCAGAGGCAGUCAUGAAGCUGCACAGUGCAACAACCUUGGAGCACGCCUUCCUGCAGCUGUGUCAGUCAUCAGACCGGAUAGACUCUAAACAGGACUCCAGUCCACGGGCUUUAGUGUUGGAGAACAGCCAAUCAUUUGAGAGCGGGCGAGACGAGAGUCGACCAAUUCUUGGACUCGCACCAGAACCUACAGAGGAGAUUCCCAAAUAUUCAGCGGACUGGAAGGUGCGAGCCAGACAUGUGCUGCCAAAGUGGAGAAACAUUGCAGCCCUGACGGUAAAAACUCUGGUGCGGAUGAAGAGGAUGCCGGGUUCACUGUGUUUCCAGUUCUUGCUGCCGGUCAUCCAGAUCUCUCUGAUCUGUCUGUGCGUCGGAGGCGAUCCAAAGGGGAUCCAGGUUGCCGUGGUGAACAACGAGACUUCCUCCUCCUCCUCCUUCAGUAACAAGCUGCUCUCCUUCCUGGAUAACUCCAGUGUCCAGCAGGUGCCCUUAUCCCAUUCAGAUGCUUUCGAUGGUAUUUAUAACGGCGAGUACUGGGGAGUCCUUGGCUUUGGCAAGAACUUCACCAGCUACCUGACUAAAAGGAUGAUCGAGCGGCAAGUUUCUCGAGAGGUGGUGGAUGGAGGAUCGGUGCACGUCUGGCUGGACCUGACAAAUCGACAGAUUGCCUUAAUGCUGCAGAAGAAACUGCAUGAGGCCUUUCAGGCUUUUGUUGAGAACCGGAUAGGCAGCAUGUCUUAUUUGGCUUCCCUGCCAAUAAAGUUUGAGGAGCCAAUCUAUGGAAGCAAAAACACAGACUUCACAACGUUUGUGACACCUGGAGCUGUUCUGAGCAUCACAUUCUACCUCGCAGUUGGUCUGACAGCACUUUCCUUUGUCCUGGAGAGAAAAGAGGGGCUUUUGGACAGAUGCUGGGUUGCAGGUGUGAGUUCUCUGGAGACGAUGCUGGCUCACCUCUUCUCUCAGCUGUUUGUCAUCAGUGUUCAGAUCAUCAUGCUGCUCCUCUUCAUACUGCUCGUCUUCAAGACGCCCAACGAAGGCUCCUUGGUGCUGGUCAUAAUCCUGAUCGUGCUGCAGGGAGUCACUGGCAUUUCAUUUGGCCUCGUUAUCUCAUCUGCAAUCGAUGAUGAGCAGAACGCCAACCAGGCCGCCCUCGGGAUCUUCUACCCCAACCUCAUCCUCAGUGGUAUUAUUUGGCCGGUGGAGUGUAUCCCUUAUCCUCUCCGCUACCUCAGCCUGAUUCUGCCUCAGACCUAUGCCUCUGAGUCCCUUCGCUGUAUCAUGUACAGAGGUUGGGGUCUGAGUCGGAUGAUGGUGUGGCGAGGAUUUGCAGUCACCCUGGGCUGGAACACGUUCUUCCUCAUCCUGGCCACAGUCAUCCUAAAGCUAAGGACGUGACAGCCUGGUCCCAGAGAACAUCCUUCAGUUUGGGGCGGAGGGUUCAGGUGGGGCCCAGAAGAAGCCAACAGUUGACCUGGACCUCCCGACUGGAUGGAUUGGUGCAACAGUGAGCAGGAGGAGGGGUUGCUCAUAGACUGAUGAGUUGAUGCAUCAGUCUACUUCCUCCUAAAUCAAUACACACACACUCACUCAUGCACACACACUCCUGUUGCUCCUGCCAGCUGCCUGUUCCUGCAACAGUUGAGUUGCAUUGGUUUGUUCAAGUGCAGAUUUGUUUUUAAAAAGCUGCACACAUGAAUGAAGAUCCACAUGCACAAUAUGAAAAUGCAUAUUAUAGUGAUAUACAAAUCUUUUCCAGAUUGUUGACAUGUUUCAUUCCAUGUAGACCAUGUUCCAACUCAGGUUCAUAGUUUUUUUUUUUCUAUUUUUUAUGUCUAUUUUUCACCCUCAGUCUUAACGCUAACAGAAAGGUAUUCCUGUGAUAUACAACUGAGGCCCAAACGUGUUGAAGUUUAAGUGUUGUAACAAGAGUUCAGGUUGUUUUUUUUUCCUCUUAGCAAGAAAAUGUGAAAAAUUUUAACCCGUUGCCUUUUCCCAUUCCUUCUCAUGCAGAGGAUUGUUGUUAGUGGGAAAGCAGGGUUACGCGUAAAUGUGCUGAACACGUCACUUCUCAACAUCUAAACAAACAAGAAAAUUCUCACUCGUUUUGGCUUUCCACAGUAGCUGCAUGUUUGUCAUAUCUAUACUCAGCUAUACAUCCUGUAUUGUGUUUGACAGGAAGUGGUAACCAUGUCUUGUCGCUAUGCGUUACCAGGUGCUCAGCUGUGAACUGUUUGACAUUUUAAUUUCAGUUUGAAGAUGUUGUUUAGAAAUUGUGUUUUUGUGCCUGAGCUUGCAUCUCCUGUUGAAGAAAAUGAAGAGUUUUGUGUUGGUGAUGGGGGAUAUAUUGGUUCUGUGUUGCCUUUUUAAAACUAAUUACUUUCCACUUUGCUGGACAGAGUGGACACCGUUACACACUGAUUUAAGAAGUUGCCUGCAUAUACAUAAUUUUUUUUUUCCAUUUUAUCCACCUGUGCGUAUUGUAUUGUGUUAAACAAGCACCCACCAUACAUAAAAUAAAAGCACACCAGAGCAAGAAUGUUUGGAAAGAUUCAGAGAGUGCCUGAGGGAAAAGAGAGGGAAAAUCCCCUAAAAUUAGGAAUAAAUAUGAGACAGGUCAGCAUCCACUGACCAUCAUAGUGUUUGAUUAUAACACCAUGUUAUAGUUUUGACUGAGCUGCAUGACUUAAAGGUCCAGCGUGUAAGAUUUAGGGGGAUUUAUGCGACUCUAAGUUCAGGGUUGAAAGAUAAUAUUCUCAAUUAUGUUUUCAUUAAUAUACAUUUGCAUAUCAUUGUUUUCGUUACCCUUGUAUGAGCAGGUUUAUCUGUGGGAGCAGAGUUGACUCCAUCAUGUUUGUACAGUGGCUUUGAGCAGACUUCCUUUUCUUUUCCCAUUUUGUACCAGGUGACAUCCAACAUUAAAGGGGUUAUAUGUUAUAUUGACAUUACAAAGUGUCAACAGCAGAGGGAAGUUGCAUACCAGAACACAUUUAUAACCCAAACCCACCAGUGAAUCGGUGCUGUGCAUCCACAAAUUAUAUCACUCACUGAACAAAGUACAAAGCUCCUUGUGUAUUACGGUAUCAUCAAGUUUUCUUCUUCUAAUAAAUGCUCAGAUGCGUAUUCAAAGUAACAAAGUCUUGUAAUCUUCAUGUGCUGCAUCAGCUGAUAGUUUACAUUAUAGCUCUGUUAGCUUAGCUCUGCUUUUAGACAGAAAACAGCCACAGUAAAACCACAAAUCACCUCAGUUUUCUGUACAGUUUGUGUUGUCAAUAGCUGAACUAAAUAUCUGUUUGGAAGCAUCCAGACAAGGUCAGAACUGUUAGACUUUAGUCUGAACGGUCGAUCAACAAGCAACUUAGCAAAGAUAAUAACAUCACAUAAUAACUCUAUAUCCUCAUUUGCCUCAUAAUCAAACGCACUUUAGAGCUGUUUACAGUAGUGAAAACAGCAACAGUGCUUAUAGAUUUCAUCACUUUGUCACUUUAUUUGACUCUAAAAUUUGUUUCUUAUCAGUUCUCAUCCUGUCUCAUUACCCGGAGACCGGCAGAGUGACUCACUAUUCCCUCUAGUGGUCACAUAAAUCCAGAAAUAUAUUGAGUUAAUAUUUAUACGAUUCAUUACAUUGGGAUCUUUGGGAUAAAAUUAGAGCUUUUUAUUCUAAACACUGUAAUGAUACUUUUAGGUAAUUUUUUUUUAAUAUUUGAAAGUAGAAACACUACAUAUGACCCCUUUAAGGUUCAUUUCUGUCACCUGAUAUAUUAGAGUGUGAGUUUCCCUAAGAGCUGCCGGAGAUAUCACAGGGAAAAUUCACAUCUUCCUUCUGCUGCUGUCUGCUUUCAGUUCAAAUGAAAAGACUAAAUAUGAAGAGUGAUCACCUGACACCAUUUCAUGCUUAUAUUGAAAAGUGAAGCAAAGAGACACAGAGUAGAGCAGUAGAAUCACGUUUAGAUUGAAUCUGUCAGAAUCUAAUCAGUGAUCUGCAGUUACAGCUGUCAGUCCCAUAUUAAACCCCACUGCCUGUCUGAAAAUGCCUAUGAUUACACAAAAACCUGCAAAGAAUUUCUGCACUUCGAAAACAUGGCAAAAGAGUAGAUGGAGAAGUCUCAUGUCCACUCAGAACACUUUCCUUACAGUAUGCUGAGAAUUUCAAUUAUGGAAUUUUUUGCUCAUGAUGCUACAAAACUGUCAAGCACUGCAGUUAUAUAUAUAUAUUUUAAGAAAACAGGACAGACAAAGCACAUACUAGCUCUAAAGUAUUUUUGCAGCUGCUGUAGCUAUAGAUGAGGUGAAUAUUCAGUUGGCUGCAUUCUACAGCUUCACAACUAGAUAUUACUAAAUGUCACACACUAUACCUUUGUAAAAUUGUUAGUCAGCAGAAUUAAGGAUUCUUAAUUAUUUCCCUCCACAGCCUGAUUUUUGUUCAUUUUCUCACUAACAAAAUGUACUGAGGAAGAUUUUUAUUUUUAUUUUAUCCACAGAACUGUUUCGUUAAUUGUGCCCACUCAAAAAAAUAACAACUUUGUUGAAGUGUGUAUUUUGGAUAUUUUGUAAAGAUUUAUUAGAGCAUUGAUGUUCAUUAUGCAGUAGGCCAGUCUCUGCAUGACACAGUAUGACAUUUUUCCAAUUACAACUGUGCAUUUUGUGAUUUUUUUUUUUUAACAAAAACAUAUAUAUCAAGAUGUUAAAUGUUAAUCACUUAUUAACUGAAGAUUAUAGUAGCUGUUCUUUGAUUCUAAGUAAGACGGUAGCCCCAUCACUGUUAAUAGGACAGGGCAUAUUGAUUUCCAAACUGUGCUCGCUGCCUUUACUACUUCUGUGCAGAAGAUAUUAAUUGGUAAUGAGAACUUUUUACAGCAUUUUAAAGAGCAGAGACCACAGACUGUCAGGCAGUCCAGCAUGUUGUGCCAAUUGAAUAAAGAAUGACAUAUGUUUACAUGUGUGAGAGCAUGUUUAAUAUGCUAAAAUAAAUUAUAUAUUUUUUUGGCUUCAAUGUUUUCAAGUCCAGUUGCGUAUCUAACAUAUACAUACACUGAACCAGCAUGUUUCAUGUUUGUGAUGUGUUGUUUAAUGUUCCUGUAACCAUGAUGCUACAUGUUACAGUGCUGCUAUGGACAGUUUAUGUAAUGGAGAUUUUUUUUUCCCCUUUAUGGAGAUAAUGAAAGAAAAUUAAAAUUCAUCUGAACUACAUUUACCAUAAUUACAUGAUUACAUCAUGGCUCAUGUGCACAGUACGCUGUGUGUAAUGUAAGAUGCUGGGAAAGUGUUCCCCACACUGUAAAUCUGCUGUUACUAUUGUUGCUCUGCUGUGUAUUCAUUGGUGUUCCUGCUGCAUAUUGAAGGGACAUUUUCCUCUGUUGGAGAAAUAUUGAAGUAAUAGUUGCUGAAUAGUCCCUCUGAAGCUGAAUAGGUGUAUUUGCUUUUAGAUGGUUUUUCAUAGUUCACAGGAGACCAGCUACUAAAUGGACUUUUAAUGUAUUUUGGCAGACUGUAUGUAGAUUGUAGCUCACAUGUUCAUCCCCCAACACAAAGUUGAUGAUGAAUUCCACAUCCUGAUGGGAUUAUCUCAGUGCCUCAGUCGUCUCCAAACACGCAUUAAGUUUAAUGUAUAUGGUGUGAGUUUAAAUAGUAGACAAUCUCUGGUAAAACACUUGGCUGAAACGUUGAACCAUGUAUGGAAAUAUUCUGGGUAUGCCAUUUUGUGGAUAAUUGGGACAAUUUUGCCAAAAGCUGUGAUGCAUCUGUAUAUGAUGGUCUUGUAAUUCUUGUCCUUUACUCUUCAAAUUGAAAUAUCAAAGAUGAUCUGUAAUUUUAACCAAACAUAACAAGCCACCAUGUAAGAGCAUGCAUAAACUCCACUCCUAUUGACAGAUAUGUCUCUAUUUGUUUAAUGAAUUUGGCAUAUAUGGACUGCAAUUGUGCUUGUUUUGUAAAUUAUAUUAGUUACUUUUAGAACUAUUUAGUCCUACAUUGUUUUGUUAACAAAACGCCUUAAAUAAAGUAAGAGAUCAUACUAUUUUAUGGUAAAUACUAGUCUAAAUGCCCCAACAAAAGUAAUUUAACAUAAUGUAAUUAUAAUACAGUUGAUAUAAUCAUGGCCUUAUUCAGAUUGAAGAGAUUAGACAAUUGUUUACAGAGCAGUUCUUAGUAUGGUUUAUACUGGAAUAGUGCAGUUAAUGUCAUAAUUGUGUAUUGUGUUAUAGAAGUAUGCAUUACCAGGAUUUUGUUCACCCUGCUCCAGUUGACUACCUCCUCUGUCUCCCCAAAGAGCAUGUACAAGAUUUACAGUCUUAUGCUGUGACAUAUUCAUGAAAUUUGGACCAAUAAACCUUGUUGACAAA